AUGGAGGCCGAGAGGUUGAGAGGAAUAUAUGCCAAGAAAAAGUGUGUUCGUUGUAUGCUCCGUGCCCAAGGCGACGAUCUUGAACCAUUUGAUUCGGAGAUAGAACGUACCUUCAGACGAAGACGCAAGGAACACAAACAAAAACAGCAACAUCAAAUGGCUGACAAUCAACAAAUCCAUAUCCCUAUUCAGCCGAUUGGGCAAAUGGCCGCAAGAGUGGUGGCACCACCGGAACAACAGCAUGAACGAAGGGAAAUAAAUGAAGGGGAUUUGCCAGUAUCAAUGUUCCUGACACCUAUAGCAGCACCCAUGCGCUCCAGUAUCGUGUAUCCAGAUUUUGGGGUGAAUAACUUUCAGAUAAGGCCAGAUUGGAUUAACUUGAUGAGCAACACCUUGCAAUUCUACGGGCUACCUCAAGAGAAUCCAAACACGCAUAUUUCUAGAUUUCUCAGAAACUGUCAGAACUUUCAUGCUCCGGGAGUCAAUGAAGAUGCUAUUAAACUACGACUAUUCCCAUUUACAUUGAGAGAUGCUGCAUUGAAGUGGUUAGAUGCUGAGCCUCACGCUAGCAUCACUACAUGGGAAGAACUAAUCAGGAAGUUCUGUAAUAAAUUUUUCCCACCAACGAGGGUAGCUAAAAUCAGAUUAGAAAUUCAGACUUUUCAACAGAAAGAGGGAGAAAGCUAUCGCGAAGCAUGGAAUAGGUUUAAUGAGUUGAUGAGAAAAUGCCCAAACCAUGGAAUUACUAUAGGUAAUCAAGUGCAGUACUUCUACACUGGACUUACACCACUGUCAAAAUCUCAAGUCGAUGGCUCAGUUGGAGGAUCAAUUAUAGGAAAAUCUGUGCAGCAAACCAUGGAACUAUUUGAGUUGAUUGCCACUACACAUUCCAUGUUCUCAUCGGAAAGAGUGGCACCAUCGAAGACUGGAGGAAUGUAUGAGUUAGACAGCGCAGUAGCUACCAACGCCCAAAUAGUGGCAUUGACAAAACAAGUGGAGUUAUUGGUGAAAUCACAAACGAAAGGAGCACAUGCAGUGACAGCUGGUCCAUCAUGCGAGAACUGCGGGGCUAAUCAUCUGACAGAAAACUGCACAUCUAUAGGCUAUCCCGAUGAGCAGGUCAAUUUCAUUCAGAAUGGGUCUCAAAAUCUUAAUCCAUUUGCUCAAACAUACAACCCAGGAUGGAGACAGCACCCAAAUUUCAGAUGGUCAGAUAAUCAACAAGGGAACAGUUCAAAUAAUGCCCAACAAGAGAAAAAACCAAGUUUGGGAGAGAUGUUCAACCAGUAUAUGCAGAAGACUGACAAGGUGUUUCAGCAGAUUGACACUAAUUUUCAGAAUCAGCAAGCAUCAAUCAAGAAGUUGGAAACACAAAUUGGUCAAAUAGCUCAACAGCUUGCAGAACGCCCACAAGGGACAUUGCCAGGAAAUACAAUGGCCAAUCCAAAAGAGCAAGUGCAAGCUAUAACUACCAGGAGUGGGGUGCAACUUCCAGAAAUUCAUGAAAACGAAAGGAAGGAAACACCUGCAGUGAGAGCACCCAGCCCCGUGAAGGCUUAUGUGCCACCAAUUCCAUUCCCUCAAAGGUUACAAAGAAAGAAGUUGGAUAAUCAGUUUGCCAAGUUUGUGGAGAUUUUCAAGAAACUGCACAUCAAUAUUCCUUUUGCAGACGCAAUUGCUCAAAUGCCCAGCUAUGCAAAAUUCUUGAAAGAGAUCCUAUCUAACAAAAGGAAGCUGGAAGAACAUGAGACAGUCUCUUGGACUAGGAGAAGCAAAGCCUACAACAAUAUCGUUGCAACUGGCAGACAGAUCGAUCAAACGACCAAAGGAAAUUAUUGA